CGAGUCUUGAAGAAAUCACGAAAAAGAAGAAGAAAUAUCUCUCGCAGGAGACAAACGAUUCCUUCUUCUCUUUUUCUUUUGUCUGCAGUAAUCUCGCGUCGGAGAGAACCUUUUUCACCUUCUCCUUUGCAGUCUUUCUUCCCUGAAGUUUCUCUCUCUUUUUUCACGAUUUUGAUCAAAUUUUGGGAAAUCGAGCUUUGCCGAGUCAAGCGAACGGAUUGAUUGUCGGUUUCUGAAUUUGGCUUAAGCCAUUCGAACUGAUCAGAGAUACAGAUACUCUUUGUCUUGCUUCUUAGGUUGUAUCUAGUAUAGAAUCCAAAUACCAUGGAUGAACACAAAAGGAAUCCAUUUGCAAGUGCAAGCGCAAGUGCAAGUGCAAGAGCAGGGGGCAGUACAAGUGCGAGCUCGAAUUCGAGUUUUAGUAGCAGUGUGGCGGAUACAGAGGAUGAUCAAACCAUUGCACGUAUAUUAGCAGAAGAUGAGACCUUGAGAAGAGAGGGAAAGCUUGGGAAGAGACUAUCUCAUUUAGAUUCUAUCCCACACACUCCUCGGGUUAACAGGGAAAUACCUGAUAUAAAUGAUGCAACAUUAGACCAUGAGCUACUCUCUGGAAGGCUGGCCACAUAUGGUUUAGCUGAGCUACAAAUGGAGGGAGAUGGAAAUUGCCAGUUCCGAGCUUUAGCGGAUCAGCUUUUCCGCAAUCCAGAUUACCAUAAACAUGUUAGGAAGCAUAUUGUAAAGCAGUUAAAACAGCAACGUAAGUUAUACGAAGGAUAUGUGCCAAUGAAAUACAGACACUACACCAGGAAGAUGAAAAAACCAGGUGAAUGGGGAGAUCACGUUACUCUUCAAGCUGCUGCAGAUCGUUUCGAAGCCAAGAUCUGCUUAGUCACAUCCUUUCGGGAACAAUCCUACAUCGAGAUACUUCCUCAUAACAAGAACCCUCUUAGAGAGGCUUGGCUUAGCUUCUGGAGCGAAGUACAUUACAAUUCGCUAUACUCUAGUGGAGUUCUUGCUCUUCCAGAUCUUCCCACAAGAAAACCCAGAAAGAAGCAUUGGCUGUUUUAGGAUUGUAUACUACCUUCCUCAGAUUGUGUGUUUACUUUGCAAUAACCUCACUUUGUUAUAUGCUUCUAAUUGGUUUUCUCUCUCUCAACACUUCCAUUGUAAAACAGCGUGUAAACAUUAAUAUUUUUAUAAUCAUUAAUCUCAAGUUU